AUGGCGGCGCAGACAUGGCCAGCAUUGCUGAGGUCUCGUACACUGUCGAAUAGCGCCGUCGAGUUCAUCGAGAACCGGCCCGAGGAGGCAUUCGGCUCUGAGCUGGCCGAGAUGAUUGCGACACCACAAGCCCCUCAGUAUGCCCCGGAAAUCGACAAGUUUGUAGCACCAUCGGAAUUCUCAGAACAAGACUAUUUCAAGGAGUCGGAGCUGCGAAUGACGCGGUUCAACGAGACGCUAUCGGCAUUCUGCAAGACCCUAAAGGAACGCAAGCUUGACAAGAAACUCAACAUCGAGAUCAAGAAGCCAGAUGACUACCAGAUGCAAGAUGUUCUGCAGAUUGCCAAGACUCUGCAGUCGACCCACCAGAACGCCUCGAAAGCCCCGGGAUGCCUUGGCAAAAUCCGGCAGUGUUUCCGUCGAGUGAUCGAGCACAGGGGCGCUUUGAACAACCUACUGAGCUUCAUACCGAGCGACACAUAUGGCUCACCCAUCUGUGGUGGCUUUACAGUCAUCCUGGGGGCUCUAGACAGGGCGGAGGACCUGCGAGAAGAGAUCUACGGAGCUUUGGGACAGAUCCCCGCCCGGCUAGAGCAGACUAGCGCAGUCAUCGACGUUCACAAGCAGUCACGAAAGCUGAAAUCGUUUGCUGAUGGGGUGUUCGUCGCGAUAUUCGAGCUUUUAGAGGCCAUAGUGAAAGGGCUCGCAAAGAGCUUCAAGAAAUCUAGCACCCUGGUCAUUGAUGCGGAGACACACCCUCAGGAGCUGGUCAACCCGCUCACAGCAGCGUCUGCUUUCCUGGCUAACAGCAUCUCCGCGGUUUCCGGGUUUCCAGUUCUCGCCUAUAUGAGCGCCAUCAGGACGAUCGAAAAUCCUGACGACGAAGCCUCUGGUCCACUGGCGAUGAUGAAGUCUCUCGUUGGCCAGCUGGUAUUGUAUAUCACAAAACACAGACCAGCUAUCGACCUAGCGUUCCUGAGGGAGACCUCCAAUCGGAAGCCUCUGACCACUCUAUCGAGACUUGCUAGGAUGCUGGCCCGCCUUCUGAAUGAACUGUCCGAGGAUAACGACGGGAACGCCAUAUUCAUCGUCGUCGAUUCAGUCUCGCGCUUACAUGGGUCCCUUCAGGGCGGUGUAGAUAUAAUUAUCAAGCUUCUCGACACUAGCGUAACGUUAUGCUGUCCUUGCCAGAUCACGUCGACGGAGGGAAGAACGCUGAAUAUCGGUGAGCUCGAGUCAGACACGAGCGUCCCGAUCGAAGAUUUCCGGUCCUCGCCGCGGAGGUCAGUUGGAGGACAUGGGGAUUCCUCCAACGAUGACGAUUCGUCUGAUGUCUCGUCUGAUGUCUCGUCUGAUGUCUCGUCUGAUGGUUUCUACUCCGAGGGCGAGUAUGCCCUCGGAAGCUGGAAUGGAGUCCCUGGCAUAAUCACCGAGUCAGGGUGUUUUGCCAUGUUAACCGCUAGCAAGCUAAGAGGCGGUUUCAUCUAUCGGGGGUUCAAGUUCUAA